AUGGAUCUUGUACAAACCGUGCGCAAAGAAGGUAGCCGCGGCGGCCGCGGCGACUUCAAGUGGGAAGACGUCAAGAACGAUGCGCAUCGCGAAAACUACCUGGGCCAUUCACUCAUGGCCCCCGUCGGCCGUUGGCAACAAGGACGCGACCUAAGCUGGUAUGCAAAAGGGGACGACGAUUCAAAAGCAGCCGAAGCUGCACGCAUCGCCGAGGAGAAGCGCAAGAUCAAGCAGGCCGAAGAAGACGCUAUGCUGGUGGCCAUGGGUCUGCCAGUCCCCGUCCGCGAUAACGCGAACCUGACACCACUGGGGACCAAAGUGCACGAGGCUGACGUCCAAGACACACUCGAGACCAAGGCCAAGCAGACAGACGACGACGAGCAUCGCGCACCUAGGGACGGCAACAAGAAGGAGCGCUCACGCAGGCACAGGGAUGAACAUGGCGAGAGGAAAAGGAGGCAUCGGUCGAGAUCUUCUUCACACGAUCGUGAACGCCGUCAUAGACACCGACAACGUUCAAGGUCACGCGAUAGACCCAGACAGGACAGAGGCGACCGCCAUAGACACCGUUCAAGGAGCCGAGAGCACAGACGGCAUGACGAGCGUUCAGAGCGACCACGGGAUCGAGGAUUUGAUCGCAAGCACUCAGCUUCACCUUCGAGAGAGCACAGACGUCGGCGAGACACACGGAGCAGAUCGCCCUAUGCGAACGACAGGAGACGGGAUUGA